AUAUUAUAUGGUGGUUAAACGAAUGCACGCACACAUACAUCUCACAGGUUUUGUCCUACAUUUCUUACCACUUGUCAUCAUCCAUGGAUCUCAAAUCAAUACUUGUCAUCAUCCAUGAAUCUCAAAUCAAUAAGGCAAACUACUGUCUUGGCUUUCAUCUUCUUCCCAGACUCGUUGAAACUGUCACAAUUGCAAUGGCAUAGUUAUAAUUUCAGGAGCUGUAUUGAAUGGAAGCCAUUAACACAACACUGACAGUGAGUUUCACGCUGCCCCAUAAGCCCGGUUAGAGAAUCGAGGAAGAAAACGGGAGUGCGUUGGCCAUCAAGGAAGGACCGUGUGCUGCACGGAUUUGGGAACGACAACGCAAACUCUCCCUUAAAUUCAAUCCCAUCUGAAAUUCUCAUCUUCCCGUCGCCAGCGAUGGGGCCUCUGUCGGUCAUUUCCUACAUACCGGCGCUUGCAGCGGCUGCCCUCUUCCUCUACACAGUCGUAGAACUCCUCCGUCACCGUCUCCGGCUCAACUUACCUCCGGGGCCUACGCCCUGGCCCAUCAUCGGCAAUCUCAACCUACUCGGCCGCCUACCGCACCGCUCCCUCGCCGACCUUGCCCGGACAUACGGUCCCAUCAUGUAUCUCCAACUCGGUUCCCGCCCGGCGGUCGUCGCCUCCUCCAUCGACGCCGCCCAGCUCUUCCUCAGGACCCACGACCUGGCCUUCGCCUCCCGGCCGAGGACCGCUGCCGGGAAGCACACCGCCUACGGCCACUCCACCAUGACGUGGUCGCCGUACGGACCAUACUGGCGCUUCUCCCGAAAGCUCUACCUCACCGAGCUCUUCAGCGACAAGCGACUCGCGUCCUUCCGGUACAUCCACACCGAGGAGGUGAGGGAGCUCGUCCGCAGCCUCCACUCCGCCGGCCGGAAGCCAGUGGUCUUAAGGGAAAGCCUGUGGAGAUUGACGGCGGGGAUCAUCUGUCGGAUGGCCUUGGGGAGGAAGUACGUGGACUUCGACGUUGGGGAUGACAGGCCGGAGAUCGUGUCGCCGGAGGAGUUCCGGGAGAUGCUGGACGAGCUGUUCCUGCUCAACGGGGUGCCCGUGCUGGGCGACUCAAUCCCAUGGCUGGGUUGGCUUGACGUCGGCGGGUACGUCAGGAGGAUGAAGGCGGUCGCGAGGAGGCUGGAUGGGUUCUUGGAGCGGGUGCUGGAGGAAAGCCGGGGAAGGCUCAAGGGGGAGGUGGGCGCAGGGGCGGCGAAGAGCUUACUCGACCUGCUUCUCCGAUUCGCAGAGGACCCGACGGCGGACGUCGAGCUAAGCGUGGACCAAGUCAAGGCGCUCACGAUGGAGAUCAUUGCCGGUGGGACCGAGAGCUCAUCGCUGAACAUGGAGUGGGCCAUGUCGGAGAUGCUGAGGCGGCCGGAGGUGCUGAUGAAAGCGACGGAGGAGGUGGACGCCGUCGUCGGAAAGGAGCGAAUGGUGGAGGAGGAGGACCUCGCCAGUCUCCCCUAUAUAGAAGCCAUAGUGAAGGAGACGUUGAGGCUGCACCCAGCCGCGCCGAUCCUCACUCCCCACCUAUCCCGUGAGCACUGCAACGUCGCCGGCUACGACCUCCCCUCCGGCACGCGCUUGCUCGUCAACGUGUGGGCCAUCCAGAACGAUCCUGCAGUCUGGGAGGAUCCGGCUGAGUUCCGGCCGGAGAGGUUCACGGGAGCAAAGAAGGGUGUGGACGUGAGCGGCCAGGAGUUCGAGUUGCUGCCAUUUGGGGCGGGGAGGCGGAUGUGCCCGGGGAUCCGCCUGGCCAUGAAGGUGAUACAACUGACCUUGGCCACCCUUGUUCAUGCCUUCAGCUGGGAGCUGCCCAGCGGCAUGACGCCUCCCCAGGUCGAUAUGGAAGAGCUUCUCGGCUUGACCUUGAAGAGGAAGGUCCAGAUCCAGGCCAUUGCUGUGCCUCGGCUCGCAUCCCAUGUAUAUCAAAUAUGAUCUCUCUUCUCUCUGUCUCUCUCGCAGAAAAGGCUCACUUUAGAUAUUGAACUUUUGAAAUAAAAUGCUUAUGUAAAAGCAAAUUAACAUGA